AUGGUUCUUGGAACCCGAUCCCACCGAAAACUCUGGAGUAAAUGCCGCGCUAGCAGCAGCAGCACCUCGGCAGAAACCAUAGCCAGCACAGAUGAACUCCUCACUGAGAUCCUAGCGCGCAUGCCGCUUCGAUCCCUAUUCCGCUUCAAAUGCAUCUCCACGCAUUGGCACUCUUUUAUGUCCGACCCCAAUUUGUGUCACCUCCACACCCUCCUAAACCCAAUAAACUCCCCCAUCUACGGUAUCUUUGCUGACGACUUUUCUUUCCUCCCUUUUCCUCUCAGUCAUGAUCGUUCUUCUCCUGCUAGUUCUUCUCGAAACCUAUAUGAUGGCAUCUGGAUCAUCCACUCCUGCAAUGGCCUCUUGUUGUGUCGGGGAAAUGAUGGAACAAGAACCGGUACAUCCCCAUAUUUUGUUGUCAAUCCCACAACCAACAAGCUGUCGACACUUAGGGUUCCCCCAGAGGUAACCUAUAUCAUUGGCUGCCAUAUGGUUUUUGAUCCUUCCAAAUCACCUUAUUACAAGGUCUUGUGCUUUCACACCACUCCCAAAUCAAAGGAGGUUUUUCAAAUACAGAUAUAUUCGUCCCAGACUCGAAGUUGGAGGCUUCUCAACUCCUCUUUCGGGAAGGAACUAAGUAGUUACCAUGAUGGAGUAUACUGCAAUGGCGCAAUUCACUGGAUAAACAAGGUUGCUGACAUGACAUACUAUCACAUAGAUGAAGAGCGUUUUGGGUUUGUUGAGGGCCCUCCUCAGCUCUUGCAGAGGGAUUGGGAUGCCAAUAUGUGCAGAUAUUUUAAGGAGUCGUCCUGUGGCGGUCAUUUGCAUCUCAUUGAUAUUUAUAAACCCUGUCUUACCAAAUUCCAAGUGUUUGAGAUGCCGAGAGACUACUCUGGCUGGUUUGUCAAGUACGAUGUUGAACUUGAUCCCGAAUGUUUCUGCGGCCGAAUUCGAAACUUAGAUUAUACAACAAUUGAUAUUCUCUUACUGGACGAAAAUGAAGAAGAGGGGAGUUCAUCUAUGUUGCUGCAUCUUCCUGGUGAAGUUUUGACUUGUAAUCUUAAGAGCAAGUCCUUCAAAUAUUUUGACUUACCCCAUCCGAGUGUAUUAGUUGGGAAGUACGAUUAUCCAUAUAGGGAGACUUUGGCUUGUGUGUAA